AUGAAACUCUUAGAAGAACGUCUUAGGCGUUACGAAGAUGAGGCAGGCCAAAUUAGUAGUACAUCAACAUUAAUAGACAGAGUUUCACAUUUACGAAAAAAACGGGAAAAUAAUGCGUCAAAGGCAAUCAUUAAUAUUAAAAAUUUAAUAAACCUUGAUCUUUGCUUCGUCCUGGAAUAUAUUAAAAUGAAAAAAACUAUAGGUGUCAAUGAUGAUCCAGAAGAUGUUUUAGGUGGUCUUAAUGCUGCGAUAACUAAGAUGACAUGGAGCAAUACCACUCGUGUUAUUAUUCAUAUCGGCGAUGCACCACCACAUGGUCGUCGUUUUACCAACUUAUCUGAUGAUUAUCCAGACGGUGACCCAAAUGGUCUAACUGCAGAAGAAAUAAUCCUGAGAGAAACAGGAAAAAUCUUAUGUCAUAUUCCACCUAAAACUCUUGCUGAAGUUAAAGAUGAAUAUUAUUUUAUAAAUUCAAACUUUAUUGAACAAAACAUAACUUUUGAGCUUGUACCGCAACCAUUUGCUGUCGGUGCUAAACUAUAUGCUUAUUUCGCACUUGAUACAAGCCUUGGGCGAGCUAAUAAAUUAGUGAUAAAAAAAUAUCACGAUAUUAAAAUAGAAUUCAAUAUUGCCGCAGUGCGGAAUUUAAAAAAGUUUAACGCAAGUAGUGGUCUAAUUACAGAAUUUCAUUCCAUUCUCGAGGCAUUUGUUCAUUUUACAUAUAAAUACACUGAGGGAUAUUUGGUAGUUUAUGACUUACAAGACGUCAAUCUCCGUAAUGAAUUCUUGUUAACAGAUCCAGCUAUACAUUGUGUUGAUUUGCUAAGAUUUGGAAACACAAACUUAGGAAAGAGUGGAAUUCGAAAAUUUUUUUUGGCAAAUCAUAGAUAUUUUAUAUAA